AUGGCGGAGCGCGGUCAGCAGCCUCCUGCUAAACGGCUCUGCUGCAGACCAGGCUUCAGCUCGGCUUGCAGGCCGGGUCAGCGGACGGGCGGAGCCUCCUGUGGGGCCAGCGGCUCUGCCCAUGGUCUGGCCGGCAAGACACAAAACCCGGAGUCCCUCCUGGAUAUCGCGGCCCGCAAGGUGGCUGAAAAGUGGCCAUUUCAGCGGGUUGAGGAACGUUUCGAGAGGAUCCCCGAGCCCGUACAGCGCCGCAUAGUCUACUGGUCUUUCCCUCGGAGCGAGAGGGAGAUCUGCAUGUACUCGUCCUUUAACACUGGUGGGGAUGAUGGGACGCCCUCCGGAGGGGUGACGGUUCCUGGAGCCGCAGGCACAGCCGGUACAGGAGCGACGACGGCGGUUGGAACGGCCUCUGUAGCAGCCACAGCGGCCGUGGCAGCAGCUGCAGCCGGGGAGAGCAUUGAGGAAAACAGGCUGCCCUUCCGCCGGGGCAUCGCUCUGCUAGAGGGCGGCUGCGUGGACAAUGUCCUGCAAGUUGGUUUCCAUUUGAGUGGCACGGUGACAGAACCUGCAAUGCAGUCGGAGCCGGAGACCGUUUGCAACGUGGCCAUCAGCUUUGAUCGUUGCAAGAUUACCUCAGUGACCUGCAGCUGUGGAAACAAAGACAUCUUUUAUUGCGCCCACGUCGUUGCACUCUCGCUAUACCGCAUCCGCAAGCCGGACCAGGUCAAGCUGCAUCUUCCUAUUUCAGAGACCCUCUUUCAAAUGAACAGAGACCAGCUGCAGAAAUUUGUACAGUAUUUGAUCACCGUUCACCACACGGAGGUCUUGCCGACGGCGCAGAAACUAGCGGACGAAAUUCUAUCGCAGAACUCGGAAAUCAAUCAAGUUCACGGUGCUCCGGAUCCUACAGCCGGUGCCAGUAUAGAUGACGAAAACUGCUGGCACUUGGAUGAAGAACAGGUCCAGGAACAGGUGAAGUUGUUCCUCUCGCAGGGCGGCUAUCACGGAUCAGGGAAGCAACUCAACUUGCUCUUUGCAAAGGUGCGGGAGAUGUUAAAGAUGAGGGACUCCAAUGGAGCGCGCAUGCUGACGCUAAUAACUGAGCAGUUCAUGGCGGAUCCUCGACUCUCACUAUGGCGGCAACAAGGCACUGCAAUGACUGACAAAUACAGGCAGCUCUGGGAUGAACUAGGUGCCCUCUGGAUGUGUAUAGUCUUAAAUCCCCACUGCAAACCGGAGCAGAAGGCCAGUUGGCUGAAACAGCUGAAGAAAUGGAACAGUGUUGAUGUGUGUCCCUGGGAAGAUGGGAACCAUGGAAAUGAGCUGCCCAAUUUAACCAAUGCUUUGCCUCAGGCUGGAAAUGCCAACCAGGAUUCAUCGCACAGACCUCAUCGAACAGUGUUCACACGAGCCAUCGAGGCAUGCGAUCUUCACUGGCAAGAUAGUCACUUGCAGCACAUUAUCAGCAGUGACCUUUAUACCAACUACUGUUACCAUGACGACACUGAAAACUCACUCUUUGACUCUCGUGGGUGGCCCCUUUGGCACGAGCAUGUCCCAACCGCAUGUGCAAGGGUGGAUGCACUGAGGUCCCAUGGCUACCCACGAGAGGCCCUCCGACUAGCAAUAGCCAUUGUCAACACGCUAAGGCGGCAGCAGCAGAAACGGAUGGACCUUUUUCGAAUCCAGAAGAAAGAGCUUCUACACAAAGGCUUAACAUCCAUAACAAAUCUUGAAGGCUGGGUUGGCCAUCCUUUGGAUCCUAUCGGUACGCUGUUCAGUAGCCUCAUGGAAGCCUGCAGAGCUGAUGAUGACGGAUUCCAUGGGUUCUCUGAUUUUACAGACGUGUUCGGGCAUUGCAAGUCUGUGGAUUAUCAGCAUAUGUCUCCCCACAAGUUUUUAGAAGAAGGAGAAUCCUACUUAACGCUGGCCGUGGAGGUAGCGCUAAUAGGACUAGGACAGCAGAGAAUAAUGCCAGACGGUUUGUACGCACAAGAGAAGGUGUGUCGGAACGAGGAGCAGCUCAUUUCUAAACUGCAAGAAAUCGAACUGGACGAUACGCUAGUAAAAAUCUUUCGAAAGCAAGCAGUCUUCCUAUUAGAAGCUGGUCCAUACAGUGGUCUGGGUGAAAUUAUCCAUCGAGAGAGUAUUCCAAUGCACACAUUUGCCAAGUAUCUCUUCACCUCCCUCCUACCUCACGAUGCUGAAUUAGCAUACAAAAUUGCACUGAGAGCAAUGAGGCUGCUAGUGCUGGAAUCCACGGCUCCUACAGGUGACAUGUCCCGGCCACACCAUAUUGCCUCAGUAGUUCCUAACCGUUACCCCCGCUGGUUCACCCUGAGUCAUAUUGAGUCUCAACAGUGUGAGCUGGCAUCUACCAUGCUGACAGCAGCCAAAGGUGAUGUUAGGAGGCUGGAAACAGUGUUAGAGUCCAUCCAGAAAAACAUCCACUCCUCAUCGCAUAUUUUUAAACUUGCACAGGAUGCAUUUAAAAUAGCAACAUUAAUGGACAGCUUGCCAGAUAUAACGCUUCUAAAAGUGUCCCUGGAACUGGGCCUUCAGGUAAUGAGAAUGACGCUUUCCACUUUAAAUUGGCGACGUCGUGAAAUGGUUAGAUGGCUGGUAACAUGUGCAACUGAAGUGGGGGUAUAUGCACUGGACAGCAUCAUGCAAAGUUGGUUUACACUCUUCACUCCAACAGAGGCCACUAGUAUUGUUGCUACGACAGUUAUGUCCAACAGCACCAUUGUCCGUUUGCACCUCGACUGCCAUCAACAGGAGAAGCUGGCAGGCAGUGCUAGGACGCUUGCACUCCAGUGUGCGAUGAAGGACCCACAAAACUGUGCCCUGUCAGCACUUACUUUAUGUGAAAAGGAUCACAUAGCUUUUGAGACAGCUUACCAAAUUGUCCUGGAUGCUGCUACGACCGGCAUGAGCUACACGCAACUUUUUACAAUAGCACGGUACAUGGAGCACCGUGGUUAUCCCAUGAGGGCCUAUAAACUGGCUACAUUGGCCAUGACGCAUUUGAACCUGAGCUACAACCAGGAUACUCACCCUGCCAUUAAUGACGUUUUGUGGGCUUGUGCUCUCAGCCACUCCCUCGGGAAAAAUGAGCUAGCAGCGAUAAUACCUCUUGUAGUCACAAGUGUCAAGUGUGCAACAGUACUUUCAGACAUUCUGCGCAGGUGCACUUUGACCACUCCUGGGAUGGUGGGACUUCAUGGGCGAAGGAACUCUGGCAAGCUUAUGUCACUGGACAAAUCCCCUUUGAGACAGCUUUUGGAUGCCACAAUUGGGGCCUACAUAAACACAACGCAUUCGCGGCUCACGCACAUCAGCCCUAGACACUACAGUGAAUUUAUAGAGUUUCUUAGCAAGGCCCGAGAGACCUUUUUAAUGGCUCACGACGGACACAUUCAGUUUACACAGUUCAUUGACAACCUAAAACAGAUCUACAAAGGCAAAAAGAAACUGAUGAUGCUGGUCCGUGAACGAUUUGGUUGAUGACAACGUGUGAAUGGGGCUGGGUGGGAGGGGGAAGGUUUGUUUUUACUUGAGCCUGCCUUUUUAUCCUUUUUAACUUAAGAAGAAAAAAUGUCAAAACAAUACAAAAAAAGAGCCACACCGGUAUUAUGUGUAUAGUUAUAUUGCGUUUGCAAAACUAAAUUGUCAUAUUGUGAAAGUUUGCGUAUCUGUUUUCUUUUUCCUUAUUUUUGUUCUGUUUUCCAGUUAUCUGUGUGUGUGAGAGAACUUCAAGGUUUGGUUUACACUGAGUAUAUGUUGUCAAGUGGUGAAAGGCCACGUAGCUCUCCUCCUCCUUCUGUAUUUGUUCACAGCCUCAAAAAUGCAAUGGCUUUAAAAUAAUAAUUAUUGAAAAACAAAAAAAAAUC